ACCGCAGAACGUUCUGUUUGUCGUCAAACGCGAUCUAAAUAAUAAUAAUAAUAAUAACACCUAUCGCACAAUAUAAUAUUAUUGUUGUAAUACGCGUUUAUUGUAUUAUCAUAUCACCGCACAAUCGACGCUGCCGUCGCCGUCGUCGUAUUAUAUAUUCGAUACGUUUCACACAGUAAUAAUAUUAGCAAUAUUAUAAUAAUUUGUAACAAUGAAAUAAAACGUCGCGAUUGUGUUAAUAUUAUAAUAUUACGUGCGUUAUCGUUACAAUAAUAAUAAUUAUAAUGUCGUUGUCGUCGCGUCGCGCGGUUUUUCCAUAGUUUAAGACGUCUUUUUCGAAACCACAUGCUUAUAUUUGUUAAUUCAUAAUACAUAUAUUUUAUUCUUUCUUUCGCGACGAACGUUCGGACUUUAAAAUCCGUCGUGUUUUAAUCACUAUUAUCCAUCUAUACCUAACACGUACACACACAACGAUGCCGUUCCUAUUUCGAACGUCAGCCGGCGCGCGGGACCGGUGACUUGAAUACCGGACAUUUCAAAAACCAAACGAUGCCUGUUGACCAGUUCGUUUGUUACUCUUCAAUUCUGGUUUUAACCGGUCAGUGAUCUGAAAACUUUAAACAGUAUGGAGUACACGUGGACGCUGGUGUCUAACACUGACGAUCAAGGUUUAGGCAGUGAAACAAGUCUGUUGAAUUGUAAUGUUCAAGGACCGCACUCGGGUCAAAUAUUAAUACUCUCGAAUGAGUCCAGCACCCAAGCCAUACAAAAUCAAACUUUACCUGAUAUUACAAGUCCUCUGGAAAAAGAUUAUGGAGCGAGCCGGAUACAUUCAAAUGAACCCAGGAAACUUCAUCUCAUGCAUAAUAGGAGUGAUUUUGUAGGUGGUAUUGAUAACGAAGCAUUGGAUUUCAGUCAUUUGACUGACGAAUUCAUUCAAAAUAACAAUACAGAAGCUAAUCAAUUCUUCCACGAAACCGUCGACCAAAACGAUCACGUGAUGGUUCGAAUAAACACACCGUACCAACAAGAACAGCCUCAGCUCUUCUUGAAAAACGCGUCGAUACCGCCAAUCGCCGACUUGUCGUUCCACACUAACACUGUUUUAUCCAACGCCGGUUUGCCUAGUAAGCCAAUCAAGGAUAAGUCACACAAUUACACCAACAGGCACAACUUACCAGAAAGUCCACCGGACUCCGAACCACCGUAUUCGCCGGCCGACGGCGUUGGCCAAUCUCCGCACCGAAGAACGCCGAAUUUGCAAUGUCUCAUUUCGGCCAAUAAGGGUCAAAUGCCGAUGAACCCCGGCGGCACCACCGGGCUCUACCAAAAACAACCCGUAGCCGCUAAAAUCCCACACCCGUUGUCUGUUCAACCGUUAAUGAUAAAUCAACCAGGAUCGUCGUCUCACGUCACGCAUUUAGAUUUUAAUCAAAUGCCGCCUAACGCGAGGGCAAUAGAAAUACCCGAGCCCGAAUACACGGACUUGUUAAACGUAACUGUAUCGGAGAAGAAGCGAAAACUUUGUGCGGACAUCGUUGGAGGAAACACCGGUGGUAGCAACGUCCGCGUCAAAAAAGAAACUGAAAAUUGCGGUAAAAAACCAAUCACUCACGUGUCGCCGUCGGGAAGAUCGGUUUGUAGCGAAGACAGUUACACGUACCAGGACAGCUGCGAGUCGGGCUUGUACAACGACACGAGUUUUCAGUGUAUCCGUUUCCAACCGUUUCAAGAAUCGUCGUGGAACACGUUAUGCGAUCACUCUUUAAAGGAACUGCCAGUACCACAUUAUAGAGUAGAUGCAGAUAAAGGCUUUAAUUUUUCAAACGUUGACGACGCAUUUGUUUGUCAAAAGAAAAAUCAUUUUCAGAUUACAUGUCAUACACAACUCCAAGGUGACGCACAGUUCGUCAGAACUACGGAAGGAAUCCAUAAAGUUGGUAGUUUUCAUUUACACUUUUACGGUGUUAAAGUCGAAUCACCUGGUCAAACAAUUAAAGUAGAACAGUCUCAAAGUGACAGAAGCAAAAAAGCAUUUCACCCAGUUUUGCUGGACUUACGCGAAGAACAAGUGUCCAAGGUGACGGUGGGCCGGUUGCAUUUCAGCGAGACUACGUGCAACAACAUGAGGAAAAAAGGAAAGCCGAAUCCGGACCAGAGGUAUUUUUACCUGGUGGUGGGCCUGCACGCGCACUGCAUCAACGACCACGACUAUCCGAUCGUCUCGUACGCGUCCGAGCGGAUAAUUGUCAGGGUAAUCCAAGCUUCGAAUCCGGGCCAGUUCGAGAGCGACGCGGAACUGUGUUGGCAACGGGGCACCACACCAGAGUCGAUUGUGCACACCGGCAAGGUGGGCAUCAACACGGAUCGGCCGGACGAGGCGCUGGUCGUGCACGGAAACGUCAAGCUCACGGGACACAUAAUUCAACCGUCAGACAUCAGGAUCAAACAACACAUACAAAAAUGCGACACGAGCGAGCAGUUGCGGAACGUGCAGAAAAUAAACGUGGUACAUUUUAGCUACAAGCCGGAAUUUUCAUCGUUGUUCGGGUUGUCUCUGAAGGAAGCCGACACCGGGAUCAUAGCGCAGGAGGUGCAAGCCGUUCUGCCAGAAGCCGUCACCAACGCCGGCGGCAUAGCGCUGCCCAACGGAAUUGUGUACGACGACUUUUUGGUCGUCAACAAAGAUCGGAUUUUCAUGGAAAACGUCGGAGCCGUAAAAGAGCUGAGCAAGAUCACCAGCCACUUGGAAGCUAGGAUCAGUGAGCUCGAACAGGACCAUAAGCGUUGUUUACUGUUGGCAAAUAGUCAUCCAGGCAUAGCGCUAUCGGAUUUAUCCACUACAACCUACUCUAGCAAGCACAACGAUUACGAUGCUAUUGUCGAAAAACGUAAACUGUUAAGACCGACGAAUUCGAGUGACGUUUACUGUGGGAAAUUUGUGCAAAUUUCCAUUAUAUCUCUAACUGUUGUUAUCGCGAGUUGUUUAAUUUUUAUAACUGGACUAUUUUUUAUGGAACACCACUACAGAAAUCAAAUAACAUUCACAAGUGAACAUGAACUUAUCGUCAAACCGUUUAAUAUAAAUGCAAUACAAGCACACGAAAGUGUUCAGCCAAAGGACACCGGUCAAUUACCGUUGGAAAUAGACGGGUUUCUCGACAAAGACAAACAUUUGACUUGUAUGCGGCUCAGGCGACUUGUAACUAACAGCAGGAGUUGUGAAUACGAUAAGAUCAAAAUGAAAAUGAAUAAAAUUGCCGGAAAAAAAAAGGAAGAGGGCAAAAACAUCAACGAGUUUAUUAGUUUUAUCGUCAAAAUCGAUCGUGCAGCGGACAUCGUGUACAAGGACGUUACGAUCGGCGUGUAUGGGAGUUACAGCAACUUCACGGCAGAAACCAACGUGACGGACGAAUGCAGUAGGUCGGAACUGCUCCAACAAUGUAGCGACAAGUCGCUGUUCGUGUACGGGUUCCAACUUCCGGUCACCAAACAACGUACUGACUAUUUUAUCAGCGUGUCUUAUCGGCAAGUCCAAUAAAUAUAAAUAAUAUUACACGUUUAUACUUGUUUUAUACAUCAUUGCGUACGUACCUCUACCGUAGGAUAUAUCCGUUUUUUUGUGUCGGCAUUAUGGGAAAACGGAAAACACCGCUUUUCUUCUUUAUGUAUAUUUAUUAUUAUAAAGGUUAUACAAUUAUUUGCCGUUCCAAAAACAAUACUGAUUUUAAUAAAAAAUUCCGUUACGCUAAUAAGGUGCGUCUCAUAUACACUCCUAAUUACUAUCUUCAAGUUUACAUUAAAUGUCAUUAAAUUGACAAAGUUUGUAUCGCCAUAAGACACUCCUUCAAAUGGUAUACAAAUUGUAAUUAUUUAAUAUUAUUCGAGGAAAACAAAGUGAGCAAUUAGGUAUCUAAUCGCUCUAUUAUAAAAUUUAUCAAGUUUAUCUCGUCUUUGUGCAGGUCACUGUAAUGUGUUAAAUUUGAAUUCAAUAUGAUGAAUCAUUGUACAAGAACAAAGAUUCGAUGAGAUGGUCUAAAUUACUAAGCAUAUUUUAUUAUAUAUUUAAAUGUAUACUAUAAUAUUAAAUCUAUUAAAGUUCCAACCAUAACCAACUUAACAGCUAACACCCCCACUCACCCCCAAAGCAGUACGUUUACAUAUUAUUAUCGAAGUCACUGACGCACGUAUAUGAAUUUUAUACUUAACUUGUAUCGUAUACAAAUAAGUAAUAAGAAAUUAGUAAUUACACAGUCUGUGCUCUACACGUUACAGCAUAAGCAAAGGCAGCUUGAACGAUUAUCUGACAAGCAUGUCAGUGUCGAUGACUUGUCCGUCGGACCCGAACACCAGUCUAUGGGCGGCGAACGGCACUCGAUGGAAUCCGUCAGACACGUCAUACGAAUGGCAGACCGACAAGUAUUCCGUUUCCGAAGACUCGGAAUCGGUAACCGUAAUCGUCCGGUACAAACCAUGGCCGUACGAACGGUUGAAGGCGUCGUGCAGAUCAACCGAAGAUAAACGGACUCUAGCCGUCGUCGAGUAUACCGUCUCUCUGCACAAGGAUUUCAGCGAGAUCGUGUAAACCAAUAUCAACAUAAUGAUAAAAUGUAAAUGUACCUACCCGAUAUAUUAUCUCCAAACAUGGCGGAUGAAAUGAUUGAAGACGAGACGGAAAUAAUUAUUUGCGGAGCCGUUUAAUCGGUCGCCCCCGCGGGAUGUUGGCAAACUAUAAGAAAUAAUUGCAGUCUAUAAUAUAUUUUGAAUUUGAAUUCUUUGUUAAUAUUCAUUCUGUAACGACUCUUAUUUUUGGAAUCAUAGAUCUAAGUAUUCGUUUAUCUCGUUUUCGUCGGUAUUGUUUUCGUUUUAUCUAUUAAUGUAAUUAUUAAAAAAAAAAAAAAAACCGUCGCAGACGGCGUUGUGUAAAUUUGAUCUAUUUCGAGAUUUUGUUUCACAUAUCAGGCACAUCGUACGUUAUCUUAUUUACCUUCACACGUCGUUUUUUUGUUUUUACUCACCUACUUAGUGAUUAAAAACUAUAUAAUAAUAUUAUAGGUACCUAAGACGCCUAACGGUACGCACAACUUUUAUUCGUCUUAACAGUCAACAUUCGCUUUUUACACAUUAUAUCUAUUCUCAUAUAAUAUGUAUAAUGGACGGCGUGUUUCUUUUAAUCGAUUUGAGUUCGCACACAAUACAACUGAUCAUAUAUAAAAAAUUCUUAAUCUUGUGAUUUAUUUGUUAUCAUAAUAAUAUAUAUACAUAUAUAUAUAUAUAUAAUAAUAUACCUAUAAUAAAUUUCACCAAAACGAACAUUGGUGAACUGUGUGUUGUAGCGAAAGAGUCGUUUAUCUAAAAUAAUAAACUAAAUUAUAAUAAAUGUAUUAUUAUGUUGAUUUGCAUAUUUGUCGCCAUACGAAAUAAACGGCUUUUAGAACUCGGGAUAUUUAUAAACGUAAUAUUUUUUUUUUCAUUUUUUAGCUUAGAAUAAUUUUGCUGUAGGUUAAUAUAAUAUGUACAAACUGUUGUUUCGAACAGCAUUAUAAUAUUACGUUGUGUGAAAGGAGAAAUCCAAAAUGUUGUUUUAGUUGAGUUUUUUGAUCAUGUUUUUCUCUUUGUUAUUUAAAAAAAAUCUAAACUGAUUUUUCAAUUUUUGACAUAGUACUAUUAUACAAAGACACAAUAAUAUGUGUAGCUUUAGGAAAUAAAAAAAAACAUAUAUACAUUUUUACAUCUGUUUUUGUUUUUGUUUUUUUUUUUUAAAUAAAAUAUUGUAUUAAAACCCAAAAUAAAUAUUAUAUUGUGAUUUAUUCU